CUUGAAAGGAAAAAACGUAUUAUCAAUGAAGUUUUAUUCCGUUUGUUAGUAGUUGACAGCAAUGGAUCACGGAGAUAGUCCAGCAUCGUCCCUGCAGUCAACCGGCGAUACAGGCCAGCUCCUGCAGGAAUUACUUAAUCUUCAGAAAUCAAACGGCCUAUCCACUGGAAGUUUGACUGUCCCACCUGGUCCAACACUAAACCAAGUUACAGACAGCACUGAAGUGCCAGGAUCAGGUGAUGCCACUAACCCUACACUGGCAGAGUUAAUGAUGACAAUGUACGACAACCCCGUACCCAGGCAGCUCAUAACUCUCCAAGGGAGUGACACAGCCAAUAGUUUUAGUGUGUAUGGGAGAGAGGUAGAGAUCAUCACAAGUAAGCCAAACGAAGCGGUCAGUUCUCAGGCCAAGACGGGCAGUAAUAAGGUAAAGACAACACCUGUUGUGAAGUUUGAAUGGGAGUCCGUGUACUAUGUAGGAAAUCUAGUCACUCUACACAGACUUAAUGUGUAUGCUGCGUACUCACUCAGAGGUAAAUCAGGGGGCGUGGUCCGAAUCAUCAACAGGAAGACAGCGGAGCGGGCGUUACUGAAGGACCUGACGGGUCGGGUGGUGGACAUCGCAUUCGCUUACACUGAUGAUGUCAUCCUGGCAGCUGUGGACGAAAUAGGGAAUCUGCUUGUACACAAUGUCAAGGAGGGGGACGAUAAAAAGCUUCAGUAUCCUCUGUUUAUUUUUAUAUUAAGAAGUACCGUAUUAUGGUGUGAGAUUUGGAAUAUAGACAUGGUGUCAAGAGAACAUGGCAGUGGACCAAUUCCUGUAGAUGAUGUGGAAUUUGGACUCAUUAGAAUUGACAGCCACACACAGGCUGUGAUGGAUGCUGCUUUCUCUCCUGAUGGUACAGCCUUAGCUACGGCCAGUCUAGAUGGAGAAGUCAAGUUCUUCCAAGUCAAUAUGAGUGAAAGCACCUCACCAAGAUGUUUACACCAGUGGAAGCCACAUGAUGGGAAGCAGUUGUCUUCCUUGUUUUUCCUUGAUGAUCAUAGGAACUCCAGUGCUGAUACCCAGUUUUGGAGGUUUGCUGUCACUGGAGCUUGUAACAAUCAGGAAAUCAAAAUUUGGAGCUGUGAGUCCUGGGUGUGUUUACAGACAUUAAGGUUCAUGUGUCCACCCGAUUUACCUACAAACUUCAGUGCCGAGCCAUGUAUGAAGGCAGGAUUAGACCUCAGUGCCAAAUAUUUAGUACUGUCUGACAUCAAGAGACAGGUGCUGUAUGUGUUACAAAUUCACCAAGACUCGGCAGCUAACACAGCUCACGUGAGUUCUGUCUCCGAGUUCCUGCUUGCUCAGACAUGCCUCAGCUUCGCCAUUCUGGACGCCAGCAAGAAAAAGUUCAAAAAGGUCACCGAGGAAUCUCAUCUGGAUGAAAUAACAACUGGUGAGCUGGACAGAGAAGAAGGAGGAGAGGAUCCGGAUCACAAACAUGAGACGACCACUGCAUCAGGUGUCCAGAUCAAACUCUACACCGUCCAUCCAAAGGCCCUGCAGGAGUUGUUGAUAAGAUUUCGGCCGGAGUCCUCAGCACCCCCUCCCCCCACGCCCUCUGUCAGCACCGUCUCUCAUGAUGACACAGGUCUCCAGGACGCCCUGUCAGACAUGAGCUUCAGUUUAGACAGUAGUCGAGUGGACACUUCUCUCCAGCAGGACCAGCCUGUACUCCUCACCCCUGAUGCUUUCACGUCAGCCAGUCCUAGAAAAGAUCUGUCUACAACUGACCCCAUCCGAGCCAGUGGAUCAAGUACCAGUAGCUUUACACAGGUCACCGGCCUUAAUGAUGAAAUGUUCUCCCCCCACAGCUCAGGGGACCAGUCAGUCAUAUCAGAGGGCAGCACAAUCACCCAGACCCCCACAGAGAAAGACGCCCCCUCCCCAUACCAGCCGGACGUCACCCCGACUAAACUACCACAGACAGGGGAUAGUCUGACCAGCAUUGAGGAGAGCACUGCAGAGGACAAACCCUCAGCUCUACAGAAAGUCUGUGUGGAUGAUCUGUUCGAUAGCACCAGGCAGAGUCUGGAACAGACACUGAACAGCACCGAGUCCAGCAGGAAGUCUAUAGAGAACACCAGUAGUACCACCGGGUUUGAGGUGGGACAGCUUGGGGCUCAGAAACUGUCGACGAUGAAAGAGUCCUACGACGAGAAUGAUGAGGAGGUAGCAGAGGUUCUAGGCGAGUCGUACAAAGAGGAGGAGGAGGAGGAAAACUUACAGGAGGACCCACAGAGCACUCAGCCGUUUGAGGAACACAGCGGGGACAUGGAGUCUGGCUCUAUGCCCACGUCCUGGCCCAAACCUCCUGAUGUUAACACAGAGACACAGGUGCUGGAAGAAAUACAGAAUGAGGAUGUUUACAUGGAGGAUGAUGAUGUACAGAUAGAGGAGGAAGAAGAGGAAUCCAAGGAAGACAACUACGAAAAGGAGGAAGACACACAGAAUGUACAAGAUGGCAGUAGUGAAGAGAUAGAGGAACAGAUAGAGGAACAGAGCGAAGAAUUACAGAGUCCCAAAGAAGCACCUGUAGCUGCUCCAGUGGCUAAAUCAAGGGAGAUAAUAAAAGAAAUCCACACACGAGAAAUUAUCAGGGAAAAUGUGGACAAAGAAUCCAUAACCUCAUUGAAUGAGAAUAUCCAGAGUAUUCUGGCAGUGUUGGAGGCUCAGAACGCCAAGAUCGAGUCCCUACAGUAUCAGCUCGCCGAGCAGGAGGCGCGUCAGAGCGAGAUCAAUCGGCGGCAGAUAGAAAAUGAGGUCAUCUCACAACAACCCCAGAACAUAGAGGAACACCUCGGGAAGCUGGAGGGGAUCGUGACGUCUAGAGUGGAGAGGAUGUUUACACAGCACGCCCAGAAAGAGAACCAGAGAGUGCGAGAUUUACUGCAGCAGACAGAGCAGCGAGACAAACAGAGACAAGACCGAUUACAGCAGAGUUUUACAGGCCAUGAACAAUAUCGCCAGCAACUGGAGAAAAUCUUCAGGCAGGAGAUGAACAACACCAUUCUACCUA